CCUCCACAUGUGCGCAGCCAACUGCGUCUGCUACGCGCCUUGUUUCGCUACUUUCGCUCUGACCUUGCUGCUCGAUGUUGCUCGACGGAAACCGUCAGACGGCACUUGAUAAAACGCUUCAAGUGGAGCCACAUUCGAACAGCUGUUGAGUGCUAUGCGGCCGGAAGUGCCCGUGCGAUUGCUGCUUUUCGCCAAGGCCCGAGAACUGGCCGGCGCCUCGGAGGCUUCGCUCGUCGUGCCAGCCGUGCUUCGAGACGUCGAGGAGCUAAAAGCGGUCAUCUUCGACGCCUUUCCUAAGCUCGCGGCUCUGCAACGGAGUGCCGUGAUCGCCGUGAACGAGUCUUACGUCGAUUCGGGAGUCGAGGUGACGCUCAGACAAGGAGACGAGGUCGCAUUCAUACCUCCUAUCAGCGGCGGCUGAUCACGGGGGCGCGUGCGGUGCGUACCCAUUCGUUCCCGCCACCACCCGUUCCUCCCCGCCUGCUUCGGACAUGGAUUACGUAGAACUGUCGGCCGGCAAGCUCGACGUCGACUCGGUGUUGGCCAAGGUCGGAUCGCCGGACUGUGGUGCCAUUUCGCUUUUCCUCGGCACGACGCGAAACCAUUUCGAGGGAAAGCGCGUUUGCAAGCUGAGCUACGAGGCGUACUCUCCGAUGGCGAAGCGCGAGAUGUUCCGCAUCUGUGGCUCUGUGCGGCGACAAUGGCGCGUCAAGAAUGUCGCGCUCGUUCACAGGCUUGGCGACGUGCCUGUGGGCGAGGCGAGCGUUGUUAUCGCCAUCUCCUCCGAACACAGGCAGGAGGCUCAAGAGGCUGUGAAAUACGCCAUCGACGAGGUCAAACGACGCGUGCCCGUGUGGAAGAAAGAACACUACGACGAUGGUGACCAGGAGUGGAAGGAGAAUAAGGAGUGCUUCUGGAUCGCGCGUCGGUGACGCAGCGUUUUUUUUUUUCUUUCUUAUGGGAAACAAGAACAGAGAAGGACAGCGAGGCCCGCGCACUGCUGCACCGAUCGCGAUUUGUUCAAAUGUUUUGAACGUUUUGUCGUCUUUUUGAAUGAUGUUUUAAUAUAUAAUCAUUUUAUCCUGUUUCAGCUAGCUGCUAUUGACGUUGAACUAAGACGCGAGCAACCACAAGUUGUAGGAUGGGGAAUAUUUCUAGAUUGCGCGACGUUCAUGCGGCGAUUUUCCCGAUCGGAUGGACUGCAGUGCCCUUGCAGUGUUGCAUCGUUCGCGAGUUGUUGAAGCGUGUUGGCACGUUUUUUUGUUUUUCGUCUUUGAAAAUAAUGCAUUUACUCUAUGGUCAUCUCAGCCCUUUUCAGCUAUGUUCCAUUGGUGUUGACAAUAAAUUUAUUAAUGUGUCGUCAAUGAAACGUAU